AUGGCAUUCAAGGCUAUCCUUCUCUGCGCUUCUCUCCUGCUGGUCCAGUCUAUCGCCGGCCAGAAGUGUGGCUGUUCCUGCAACUCCGUGACCAUCUCCAAGAGCGGCGGCGACUUCCUCGUCAGCAGCGUCGGCCCCAUCUCCCCCUCCGGCAUCGCCGUCUCCUCCGAUCUCGGCCUGAGCGGAGACUUGAAGGUCAAUGGGGAACUGCCGUUCCUGAGCGCCGUGAAGUUCUCUGGCGAAUACGACACUAAAGGGUCGGCGUGCGUGGACUACAGCUGCGGCAAAUGCGGGGAAGUGGCCAUCACCAGCGUGAAGGGCGGCUCCAGCUGCGGCUGCGGCUGCAAAUAUUAAGUACCUUCAAUAACU